CAAUGGUUUGCUAUCACCAUAACUAGAGCAAUAUUCAUCACACCACCUGCUUGACUCGACAAAGAGACAGAAUAUUAGCACAAAUACCUUCUGUAUUGCAGCUCUAAACUCCUCAUUUCCCUGCAUUCUCAUUCCUUGCAUUCCCCCUCCUCCUAGCUACACUUUCGCUUCUUCUCCACAUGACCAAUCUAUCCUCCGUGGAAGCAUGGCUCACACACCACAUCCGCCAGUAUCUCAAUACAAACUUCUCGCAGCCAACCUUGAAAAAACUUGCCUUUGCGCUUGCCUUGGUAUCGUGCCUCUCGGCUGGCUCCAUCCUCCUCUUCUCGCUUUUUUCGCCGUCGCUCACGCACACGUUGCACUACACACUGGUCAACAUUAACACCAUCGCCUCCUGCUCCGCCUUGGGGAUGUACCUAUUUUUGCCACUCCUAGGCCACUUGGCUGACAAACAUGGCCCGGUAAUCCUUUCCACGCUCUCACUCAUCAUGUUUGUGCCAAACUACUUCCUCUUAGCCAUGGCCUACAAGCACGAGUGGAGCUACUGGUACAUGUGUUUCGCCUUUGCCUGCAUCGGCUGCGGAACCUCAUCCCUUUACUUUUCUUCGUUGCUUACGUGCGCCAAGAUCUACCCCAACCUCAAGGGCAUGGCCAUAUCCGCCCCUGUGACCUGCUACGGUCUCUCAGCGCUCAUGGGCGCGCAGUUCUUGAAGCUGGCAUACUUCCGAAACCAAACGGCCGUCACAACCUCUGAUGAAGACAUCUUGGACCUCUACCGUGUGUUUAUGUCGCUCACCGUGAUGUACUUCUUUGUGGGCUUGUUCAACUGGGUUUCCGCCAGUAUCGUGGCGAUCGAGCGUGCCGUUGUAUUUGACGAAGCGUCCCCUCUCUUGACCAACGACGAGGAGCCAAAUGCGUCGAGAAAGUCCACCACGCGCCGCUUCCGCGACUUUCUCCGUGACAAGACCGCGUGGUUGUUAUUGGUGUCACUCUUUUUGAACUUGGGUCCCGAGGAGAUGUACCUCAACAACAUGUCGUCCAUGCUCAAAACCGUGUACGCGGCGUAUCCUGGCUUGACCCACUACUCGCUCCUGGUUCCUGACCAGCUUUCGUUGCACUCUACGUCGUCCACGUUGUCGCGCUUGAUCAUGGGCGGGGUGUCGGACUAUGCGGCCAGCCGCUUCGGUUUCUGUCGGGUAUAUCUCUUGAUCGGGUGCGUGGCCAUCGCGGGUGUCUCGCAGUACUUGUUGAUGGACUCUAACCACUAUCUCGCCUUACUUAGACCGCCAGCGUUCUUCAACUUGGUUUCGAUGCUUGUUGGGGCCUCAUACGGCGGGAUCUUCACGUUGUACCCUACCGUUGUGGCCUCUGUGUGGGGCAUUGACAUGAUGGGCUCCACCUGGGGCAGCUUUAUGGUGGCCCCUGCCAUCGCCAGUGUCACCUUCAACCUCCUCUACGCCCAGCGUUACGACAAGUACUGCCAGGUGAAUGCCACGGAGUUGGGUCACUGUCUCUCACCAUUCUUCAGCAUGACUACGGUGUGUUUUGCAGUGAGCGCUGUGAUAAUUCUCGCUGUGUGGAAGCUCUCCUGGAUGAAAAGGGGGUUGGUGGUUUUUUAACCGGUGUUUCGAGGAUGGUUUGCAUAAUUACCUCGAUCAAAUUAGACUCUAAUUGGUAAGUGGCCUACAUGUUUUCUAGACAACCGAUUAAAAGUCAUUAACUAAGGGGAUAUUAUCCAAAAUUUAUAGAAGUUUACACGUUUAUUAAUUUUGGUAUCGAUACUGUCUGCGCGUAAUUAGCUAUGCUCCAUAAUAUAUGGGUGGAUGGACAAGGUGCAAUUAAUCAAUAGUAUUGUAGAUUUAGC